AGGAAGCUGCCGGCCUUAAAGGGGCCGCAGCCAUUUUUUUAAGGCCUCUUUGCCUUUCUCCAAUUUUGGAAGUAGGAGCGCGCUAGCGUAGCUUCUCGGAGGCUGAGCGCCCCCGGAGCCGGAGGGGCCGCAGCUGGGGGCUGCGGCGCCUGCGGGGCGGGCGGAGGCGCGGGCCCGCCCACAGGGAGGGCGGGGUGCGCGCGCCCCGCGCCCCGCGCACAUCUGGGGCGGCCCGGGCUGCGGCUGCGGCGGGCUGCGCGCUGUGACAUCUGGGGCCGGGCGGGAGCGGGAGGCCGCGCGGCGACAGCUGGCACCUCCGGAUGGGCAAGGGGGCCGCCGCGAUGCCCAGCGAAAACAUCUUCCUGUUCGUGCCUAACCUCAUUGGUUAUGCCCGGAUUGUCUUCGCCAUCAUCUCUUUCUACUUCAUGCCCUGCUGCCCCCUCACGGCCUCCUCCUUCUACCUGCUUAGCGGACUUCUGGACGCUUUCGAUGGAUAUGCUGCCCGAAUCCUUAAUCAAGGGACCCGGUUUGGGGCCAUGCUGGACAUGCUGACGGACCGCUGUGCCACCAUGUGCCUGCUGGUCAACCUGGCCCUGCUGUACCCGCGUGCCACCCUUCUCUUCCAGCUCAGCAUGAGCCUGGACGUGGCCAGCCACUGGCUGCACCUCCACAGCUCUGUGGUCCGAGGCAGCGAAAGUCACAAGAUGAUCGACCUGUCGGGAAACCCAGUGCUUCGGAUCUACUAUACCUCCCGGCCCGCUUUGUUCACCCUGUGUGCCGGGAAUGAGCUGUUCUACUGCCUCCUCUACCUGUUCAGCUUCUCCGAGGGACCUGCAGUUGGCUCCGUGGGCCUUUUCCGGCUGGGACUGUGGGUCACGGCCCCGAUCGCCCUGAUGAAAUCCCUCAUCAGCGUCGUCCACCUGGUCACAGCCGCCCGCAACAUGGCUGCCCUGGACGCGGCGGACCGGGCCAAGAAGAAGUGACCUGGGGACUCCAGCCUCUGGCGGCCCCCCCGCCCUGGGAGUCUCCUGUGUCACCCGGCUCCCCUCCUCCUCCCAGGAGGUCCAGGCUCACAUCCUCCCCGUGUGUUGUUCAGCCCGCUGCAAGUGGGUCAGCCUCCUCGGUGAUGUCACGUUCUCCAAGCUCCAGCAGGCCAAUCCCGGCCCCGGGCUCCAAACCAGGAAGGAUGCUCGGGAGGCCCCGCCCACACAGGCAGUGCUUCCGGGGCCCCGAGGGGCCGGCCUGAGGGCUGGGCAUCUCACCCCUGCCAGCUCAGCUCAGCCGCGUCUGGCUUGGCCUGAGACUGUAGGGACCCGUGUGAGGAGAUGGGUGAGCGCGUUUCCCAGGAGGCUGGGGGGCCGGACGCUGCCCCGGCCAGAGGAGGCCGGAGGGACUGAGGCUGGGCACACGGAGCCGCCUGCUCCUUCCCCAUCGCAGUGUCCUCUGUCCUCUGAGGACCUGGAUAAUAAAGGCGCCUUCCCUAUCCUGGGCUUGCUUCCCUGGGACAUUCUCUCGGAUGGGGCCUGGGUGAGGGGAGGUGGGGGAAGAAGGAAGGGCCCUCGGGCUGCUUUCCCUCUGUGCUGACUGCCAGCUCCUUCCUCAUUCCAUAGGGACCCUCUCUGCCACCCAAGGCUGCGCCAGUCCUUGGCCACCGGCUUCAUUUCCUGUAGGACGCAGUCACGAGCUGCUGAUUUAUUAGCAUCCCUGGUGUUUUCUGUCCCUGGAACGUAAGCUCCUCAAGGGCACGGACGUUCCUGGUUCCUUCUCUGUCGCUCCGGGGAAGACAAACCUUCACCCGGCCUAUUGUAGCUGCUUAAUAAAUAUCCGCCAGUGG